CAGAGUUUGGAGAGAAACAUCCGUGAAGACUCGGAGUGGUGGGAGCUGAGAACUACGCCUGCAGAGGGAUAUUUCUCCGUGUGAGGAAGAACAAAGUCUAACUUUGCUUCGCUGAGUUUGGAAGGAAGCUGAUCUCUAACUGCUCAGUAACUGUUAAAGGAACAUCUGAGGAGAAGCUAACAGAGAUGUGGAGGCAGCAGUUCAAACGGUGGCAGAGUGCAGCAGUGGGAGACAUUUCCCAAACCGCUAAAAAAGAGGAAGGAUUUCAGCGGCUCCACAACACCUUGGAGGCUGGUUUCAACCCCAAAGUUCUGCUGCACAGAUUAGAUGUUAAGCAGAUGCUGAUGGUUAAAGAAAAAGCUGCUGUAAACCACAGAGUUUGUGCUGACCUACAUGACCCAAAGCCCCUCCACAUAAAGAAGGAACAGGAGGAAGUCUGCACCAGUCUGGAGGGAGAGCAGCUUAAUGGGGAGGAGAUUGAUGCCAUCAGCUUUCCAGUCACUGCUACUCCAGUAAAGAGUGUGGAUGAUAAACAGUCCCCUCUGCUGUUACAGCUUCAUCAAGACCAAAUUAGAGGCAGAGAGCUUGAAGAGGAGAACUAUGGAGAAGAAUCCAUCUGGAUACGAGAUCACGAAGAUGGUUCCAUUUCCUCAGAGGUUAAAGUCACUGAGAAGGAAGAAGAGGAUGAUGAAUCUGGACUGAAAACUAAGGACAUGGACAAUGACUGGAAGGAGAGCAGAGAUCCUGAGUUAGAUGGAAACAUUGUUAACAAACCUUUUAGCUCCUCUGACUUUGCUGGACAGCAUGUUCACAGUCACUCUAUUCAGAAACACAUGACAGAUUUAGAAAUAGGUUCUUCAAGCUCUUUGGAUAAUAAAUGUUUUACGGAGAAUAAAAAGGUGGGUUCAAUAAAGAAAGUCCAGGCUGGAGAGAAGUUGAGCUGUAAAGAGUGUAGUAAAACAUUUAUUGGAAAAUAUGCUUUAAACACACACAUGAGAGUCCACACAGGAGAGAAACCUUUCUGUUGUGAUCUUUGUGGACAUAGAUUUACCCAAAGAACAAAUUUAAACACACACAUGAGACAUCACACGGGGCAGAAACCUUUCUGUUGUGAUCUUUGUGGAAGAAGGUUUACCCAUAAAGCAAAUUUAAACGCACAUCUGAGAAUCCACACUGGACAGAAACCUUUCUGUUGUGAUGAUUGUGGACAAAGAUUUUCCCAGAAACACCAUUUGAACAUGCACACAAGAAUCCACACGGGACAGAAACCUUUCAGUUGUGAUGUUUGUGGAAAAAAAGUUAGCCAUAAGGCAAGUUUAAACACACACAUGAGAAUCCACACUGGACAGAAACCUUUCUGUUGUGAUCUUUGUGGAAAAAGGUUUACCCGAAAAGACAAUUUGAACAUGCACAUGAGAAUCCACACGGGACAGAAACCUUUUUGUUGUGAUGAUUGUGGACAAAAAUUUUCCCAGAAAGACCAUUUGAACACGCACACAAGAAUCCACACGGGACAGAAACCUUUCUGUUGUGAUCUUUGUGGACAAAGAUUUACCCAUAAAGCCAGUUUAAACACACACAUGAGAAUCCACACGGGACAGAAACCUUUCUGUUGUGAUAUUUGUGGAAGAAGGUUUACCCAUAAAGCAAAUUUAAACACACACAUGAGAAUCCACACGGGACAGAAACCUUUCUGUUGUGAUGUUUGUGGAAGGAGAUUUACCCAUAAAGCAACGUUAAAGACACACAUGAGAAUCCACACGGGUCAGAAACCUUUCUGUUGUGAUGUUUGUGGACAAAAAUUUACCCAUAAAGCAAGUUUAAACACACAUAUGAGAAUCCACACGGGACAGAAACCUUUGUUGUGAUGUUGGUGGACAAAGAUUUUCAGAAAAGAACAUUUAAAUACACACAGGAGAGUCCACGCUGGAGGUAAUCUAUGAAUUCUGGUGGCUAAUCUAUGAAUAAUAAAACUGCACAGCUGCAGUUUGCUUUGAUAUAUUUGUGCAUUUUCAUUAAAGGCAACAGUCUUCAAUUGUUGGUUUCAGGAUUUCUGUAGAAGCUGAUUUUUGUAUUUUAAUCUUUAAAAGUUAUUUAAAUUGCAGAUUAGUCGUAUAACAGGUUGUUUCUUUUCCACUCGUGUCUGUCCACUGUAUUUAAUCUAUUGUUCAGAUUGAGCUUUAUCAGAGAUGUGUUUUCUGUACAUGUGAACGCUUUGGUUUCUAAUACAGAAUCAGAGGACCUUGGAGUCAUUGAGUCGACCAUGAACUCCUCCAAAUACCAGAGUAUCUUUGAGUCAAGAUAAAGUCAGCUGUAACUUGGACCAAAGUGGGUUAUCAAGAGGACAAUGAUCCCAGACACAGAAGCAAAUCUACAAUAGAUCAGCUAAAAGAGCAAUAACUCAAGUUGCUGCAAUGGCCUAGUUAAAACCCAGACCCAAUCAGAUUGAAAUGUUAGGAUCUCACCAGAGCUGUGCAGAAAUUACUUUUUUCAAACCUCGAUGAAAUGAAUCAAUAGAGGAAUGAGGGCCAAGAUAAUUUGUGUGUGUGCUUUUAGUCCUCUCACCCCUGAGUCGGUCACAACAGAUGGGUAUUCAUGCAGACCUGGGUUCUGUUGAGAGUUUCCUCUUGUUAAAACGGUUUUUCCUUCCCGUUGUCUCCACAUGUUUGCUCUGUAUGGAGAAUUUCAGCAAAGUCAAUGCCUUUAUGCAGCUGACUGAGCUUCCUUAAAAGGAAACCUUUGUGUUAUAAGUAGGUUUGAAUUAUAUUUAUGUAACUGAACUGAAUUGUCUGUUUGAUUAACUGUUGUAUCAGUUUGAUAUGUAUUUCUGGAUAUUCUGUUACAUCUAAAAAAAAUUUGAAUAUAAUGAAAAAGUUCCA